GAUGAAAAUUAAAGUGGAAUUUGUCCCUAGACCUGCAUAUAUCUUGCUAGAUCUGCAUAUAUUUCAAAUAUCAAGAAUAUACGUAAAAUAGAUGAAGUAUUCACAAGAAUGAAUACCUGUAUUCAGGAUCCAAAGAAGGAUCGUAAUUUAAAUUUCCCUCCUAACCUCACUUAUUGGUAGAUUAGAUGGUCGAUGUCUUGACAUAAAAAAGUAAACAAAUUUCAAAGGAAACAUAACUUCCAAAUAGGGAAACUGUUGGGAAACCAAGGGACAUACUUAGAAGUAUUUAUUACUGCGUAUUAAGUAUAAUGUUUUUGUGAUAUACAUAUUUCUUCUUCAAAAAUUUCAAAUUAAUAAUAAAAUGACUACUAGAAAACGAAGUGGUUCUGGUUCAAAAAGACAAUUCAAGGAGAAAGUUGUGCAGAUAUACGAAUGUUUACUUAAAGGAGAGGAUGUUUCUCAUCAAAAUGUUUUAUUUUGGGACGAAUUUUUCCUACUAAAACCCAAAGUUAUUACGAUAGAAAAUGAAAUACAGAAGCUGUCGACAGAACAACUCCAGUUGGCUAAGCAAAACAUCAAUCUUCUGUUUAAUCAAUGUAUAGAAAUUCUGGACCAACAGCAUAGUAUAAGGUUUGCUUACGGAAUGUUAACAUUAUGUGCCCUACUAUAUGCAAUUUUCAAAAAAUCCUCAGAUACUCAAAUGGAUGCCAUAGAGUUCCUAACGGGAUUUGAUAAUAUAAUGGUUAAAAUACAAAAGUUACUCAGUAUUUGCCAAACCCAACUUGAAGGAGAAUCUACUGAAACAGUCAAAGGAUUAUGUUUGAAACUGAUCCUCAUUUUGAUCACUGGUAUACAAUCCAUAAACCAGAAUAUUUUAAUUGAAUAUAUUAUGAUAUCACCUCUAUUUGACUGUCUUGUGAAGUUACUCUGUGAUGUUCCAACACGUCAAAGGCAUGGAUAUGAAGUUGUGCUCAUCAUAACGUUUCUAGUCAACUAUAGAAAAUACCAUGCUGCCAAUCCGUAUGUAGUGAAACUAUCAAUUUUAGAUGAUGAAAUUGCAUUGAAUGGGUAUGGCCAAGUAAUAACAUCAUCUUUAUCAGAAUUUUGCAAUCAGUACAAUCUGGAGCACGCUGAAAACCAAAAUGCCUCUUGGUUUUCUUCAUUGACCAAUAUUGUAGGAAACAUGUUCAUAUCAGAAGAAGGUGGUGUUAGGAUGCAACAAGUGAGAGCAAAUAAUGCUUUGUUACUUGCUUUUUAUGAAGCUAUACACUUGAAUAGGAAUUUCAUCACGACUUUGGCUCAGACACAGACAGAUGCAAGUUCUCCACCAUCUCCUAAUAAUACAUUGAGCAAUAUACAAGAUAUUCCUGAUCUAUCUGCCGCACCUGCUACUUUUGAUGUUACCACACAACCAUCCAAUUUAUUGGUUACAUUUUUUCAGUACUGCUCAAUUGUGAUGCAAGAUACAAAAACUGAAGCAGGUACCAAUACAGUUAAACUGUGUUUUCUCAUUCUUGGGUGCAUAACAGAAGACCAGUAUGCAAAUUCUCUCAUGCAUGACGUCAGUUUGGCUUUCAAAGUGAGGUUGCACAGAUUGCCAAUGAGACAUCGCAAGCUUUCUUCAGACAAGACUACCUCUAGUCAGCCAUUGAUCUGUACUCUAUUGGAUCUGUUAGUGGAAUUCAUCUUGAGCCAUAUGAUGAAAAAAUUUCCAAUGGAACUGUACAUGCUGUGCACUGGAGUUUUACAGAGAAUACUUUGUUACCAAAAGAAAUGUAGAAUAAGACUGAAUUUUGUAUGGAAAGAAUUAUGGACUGCUUUGAUUUCGUUACUCAGAUUUAUAUUGCAAAAUGAAAAUUAUCUUGGAAAAAAAAUCAACAUAUUCGUCCUUUCAAUUAAAGUUGUGAACAUGAUGAAUUUUUUCAUAACAUAUGGCGAUAACUUUUUACCCACCCCUGGUAGCUAUGAUGAACUCUACUACGAAGUGAUCAGGAUGCACCAAGUUUUUGAUAACAUUUAUUCCAUGGCACUGAGAUAUUCUAGUGGCGAUGGAGAUUAUAAAGAAGAUGCUUUAAAAUUGAACAAUACCUUGUUCAAUGUUCGUGCCAUAAUCAAACAUUUCAACCCAAAGAUCGAGCAGUGGUUAGCCUCUGCGAACCUCUCUACUCCUAGUGAGGAACAAAUUUUGGAAAUAGUGAAGAAAAAUUAUGACAGUCUCACCUUGAAACUGCAGGACUCUUUGGAUCACUAUGAACGGUACACUGAAAUGCCCCAUUAUGGCACCUUUUUCACUAACAUGGUGAAUAUUAUUUUGUGUGAUACAAGAAAUAAUAUAAGUUGUUCUUUGUUGAAUUUUACAAAUAUUGCUAGCGAAUAUCCUGUUAUAUAACCUACACAAAUAAGACUUGAUAUA